UGUUAUGCACUAUAAUGCAGUACAACGCCAGCCGCCUGGCUUUGAAUUUUAGUUUUUCUUUUGGGUCCAAACGAUGCUUCGAGUCCUUGUGUUUUUCAUCGCAGUCGCGUCCUAUGGGCUGACCCGGAUCGAACGAGUUGACUCGCACGAGGAGUCCGGUGACUGGCACUGUGAUUCGGACCCGGGAAUCCGAAUCCAGGCCGAGUUCAAAAACGGCAUCAUCACUCUUGAUGGUCACGUUGAUGACUGGAAGGACAUUGACGGUUCUGAGUUCUCCCUCUUGCCUGCCCUGGACCCAGACGCUGAUAAAGAAUACAAUUCCGGGAAAAUGACCCUCAAGGUGGUGCAUGAUGGGAAAGAGGCAUUUUUCAUGUUGCAGGUGAAUGGGAACUAUGCAUAUACUAAAGGGUACAGUUUCAAACUGGUAGCUUUUGUUUGCCUUUUUGGUGUGGAUUUGGCAUGGUGGCAUAGUUGCUUGGUUGAUCACUCUGGUUUCGUGGAGGAAGAUAGCCCAUAUGCUUCAAACAGUCAAAAGGGAACAUAUUAUUUUGAAUUUUCAAGGCCUUUGAGAACCAUGGAUCGAAUUCAACAGGAUGCUCAGUUCACAAUCGGCAAAUCAAGCAAAGUAUCUGCAGCAUUCUGGUACCCAGAGGACGACAAACCAUGGCACGGUUCCGCUCACUAUUCGACGAGCUGUGAUUGGAUAUCUAUGGAUUUUACUCCUGGCAGUUCUGGCCUCUCCAAGGUAGAACAAAGAAGCCCGUGGGAUGCUGCAACAGCCUUUUCUCUUCUCUUUUCCGUAGUGGCUUUUUGCGUGUCUAUUUUUAUUGGGCAUCGAGUUUCUUCAGCAGCUAGGACCGUCAACUUUGCACCUAUAGAUAAUCUUUAGUUUACAUGCUUACAAGUACAAACCACGAGCUCUCUUUUGGGAUUGUGAUGGUCUUUUUUAUCAAGUUAUAUUUGUCGAUUGAGAUUACUUUUUACUAUGCAAGAGCACCUCCAGUCGUGGCGUAAAAUAGAUUUAAAUUGUUAUUUAGAUC